AUGAACUCGCUGUUCGUCGCCGCCAUCGUCGUCGCUUUUACUGUCGCGAUCUCCGCCUAUCAGGAGCCUGAUUUGGACGCGCUCGCCGAGUUUUGCUCGAAACAAUCGAACAAGAAGUAUUGCGAGCAGAUCGCGCAGCUCGCCAUCGAUUCGGUACGCGAAGCGCCUCGACAACAGAUGCAAAUGGAGAAGCGGAAGCCGUCGUUUGUGCGAUUCGGCAAACGAUCGUCGUUCGUCGGCGACAUCGACGACGUCGUCGAAGCGCCGCUCAUCGAAAAACGAAAACCGUCGUUUGUGCGAUUCGGCCGCAAAUGA